AUAAAACAUCAAUAAUCAGAGCUUAACCCAAAUGGCGGAAAUGGCAGUGUCUUUAGCUGUUGACCACUUACUUCCAUUGUUGAGGGAAGAGGCCAAUCUGUUAAGGGGUAUACACAAGGAGUUUGCAGACAUUAAAGAUGAACUAGAAAGUAUUCACGCAUUCCUUAAGGAUGCUGAUAAAAGAGCCGCAACAACUAAAGGAGACAACACUAGUGAUGGAGCCAAAAUAUGGGUGAAGCAGGUCCAGGAAGCAGCUUUUCGCAUUGAAGAUAUCAUUGAUGAUUAUAUGAUCCAGGUGGGACAACAGCCUCCUCAUCCUGGAUGUGUAGCUUUGUUCCAUAAGCUCAAAAGUAUGAUCCCUCGUCGUCGUAUAGCGUCUGAGAUUCAAGACGUUAAGUCACAUAUUCGUGGGAUGAAGGAAAGAAGUGAAAAAUAUGGCUUCCAACGUUCAUUAGAACAAAGAUCAAGCAGUUCUAGAGAAGGUCGAAAUUCUAAAUGGCACGACCCUCGACUGGCUGCUCUUUACAUUGAAGAAUCUGAUGUUGUGGGCUUUGAAAAGCCAAGGAAAAGACUGACUGAUUGGAUGGUAGAGGGAAGGGAAGAGCGCACUGUAGUUUCCGUGGUUGGAAUGGGGGGGCAAGGAAAAACUACUCUUGCCAAGAAAGUUUUUGACAGCAAGGAUGUUGUCAAACACUUCGAUUGUCGUGUAUGGAUCACAGUCUCUCAAUCAUAUAAUGUUGAAGAGUUGUUGAGGGACAUGCUGAUAAAGUUUUUCAAGGAAAAAGGAGACAAUGCUCAUAGGGAUUUUUCUCGAAUGGAUCGAGGAUCAUUGACAGAUGAGGUGAGAAACUACUUGAAGCAAAAGAGGUACGUUGUUGUGUUUGAUGAUGUUUGGAGUGUACAUUUUUGGGAUGAUAUUGAAUUUGCUGUAUUUGAUAAUAAAAAUGGAAGUAAGGUAUUAAUCACAACUAGGAACCUAGAUGUUGUGGUGUCUUGUGAAAAAUCUUCUUUCACUGAGGUGCUUAAGUUGGAACCUUUAACUCAAGAACAAUCUUUGGAGUUGUUCAAUAAGAAGGCAUUUAAAUUUGACCACAAUGGGUGCUGUCCAAAAGAGCUCAUUGGUAUAGCCAAUGAAAUUGUUCAAAAAUGCAAUGGCUUACCACUAGCAAUUGUUGCCAUUGGUGGUCUUUUGUCUACAAGAGAAAAAACUUGGUAUGAGUGGAAUAGAUUUAGAGAAAACUUAAGUUUAGAGCUAAAGAAAGAUACUCAUUUAAUAGGGAUAAAAGAAAUUCUUGGUUUAAGCUAUGAUGAUUUGCCUUAUUACCUCAAGUCAUGUUUGUUAUAUUUUGUAAUAUAUCCAGAAGAUUAUGCAGUUAGAUCAAAGAGAAUGAUUCGACAAUGGAUAGCUGAAGGGUUUGUGAAGGAGGAAAGAGGGAGGACUUUGGAAGAAGUAGCAGAAGAAUAUUUAACAGAGUUGAUCCAUAGAAGCUUGGUGCAAGUAUCCUCGCUUAGAAUUGAUGGUAAGGUUAAACGUUGUCGUGUUCAUGAUCUAAUACGCGAAAUGAUGGUUGAAAAAAAUGAGGAAUUAAAUUUUUGCAAGUAUAUUAGUGAUGAUGGACAAUCAACCUUAAGUGGAAUAGUUCGACGCUUAUUAGUAACAACUGAAUUAACAACCACCGGUUUUUAUGAUUUAAUUCCGAGUACUGAAAGGUCGCAUGUUCGAUCAUUAUUUAUUUUUGAAAAUAAUGCAUCAACUUUCUUAGUUUUUGGGAAAAUCCCUACAAAACUCAGGUUGUUAAAGGUUCUUGAUUUUGAACAUGUUCGAUUAUUGCAUGUUCCUAACGAGGUUGGAAGUUUGAUCCAUUUGAAGUAUUUAAGGUUCAAUUAUAUUAAGGAUGGUAAAAUUCCAAAAUCUAUUGGCAUGCUCCAGAAUCUAGAGACCUUAGAAGUAAGUGAUACAGAUGGCCUUGAGUUGCCAAAAGAGAUUAGCAAGCUUAGAAAGCUAAGACAUCUUAUGGGCAAUAGUCUUUCUUUGAUUGAACUAAAGAAUGGUAUUGGAGAGAUGACAUCCCUACAAACGCUACGAAAUGUUGAUUUAGAUAUGAAUGGAGCAACAGAAGUAAUUAAAGAGUUAGGAAAGCUGAAACAGAUGAGGGAUUUGGGGUUGAUUAAUGUUCAUUUAAAAGAUGGAAGCAUUAUAUCUUCUUCAAUCAAUGAAAUGCGACACUUGGAGAAACUGUUUGUUGCAUCAUCUAAGAGUUUUCUUGAGCUCGAUGACGUGCAUUUGACUAUGGUUCGCAAACUUACACUAAAUGGGGGGUUAGAGAAGUUGCCAGAGUGGAUUCCAGAGUUUCAAAAUCUUGCUGUGUUGAGGUUGAUGCGGUCCUUUUUAACUGAAGAUCCAAUGCAAUCCCUAAAAAGUUUGCAACACUUGUUGAUCCUCUCUAUAACAAAGUGUGCUUAUGAUGGUCUAUGUUUGCAUUUUGAAGAUGGAGGGUUUCAGAAACUAAAGGAACUGUAUGUUGAAACUGCAGAUGAAUUGAGAGAUAUUAUUAUUGACAAAGGAGCACUUCCUUCUCUGAAAAAACUCAGGCUAUACGAUCUCUACAAGCUGAAGACUAUACCCACUGGAAUCCAACAUCUAGAGAAGCUUGAAUUUCUCUAUAUUUUGGAUACUGGAGUUAUAUUUAAUAAUUUGUCGGACAUUUCUACUGAGGAUUGGAAUUGGUUCUUCGAGCGUGUGAUCACUGUAGAAAUUACUACCAAUAGUGGAGGAGUUGCUACUAUAAAUCCAAGGUGGUAGAAAUAAUACUUUAUCAUAUUCUGCAGGAAAAAAAGGUGUGAUUUUUCUUCCUAAACACAAGCUUAAUUUUCCAUAACUAUGAGAAUAUUAUUAUUCAGUCAUCUUAA